CAGAUAAUUGAUGGGUAUCAGUACUAUGUCAGGCAGUCAGCUCAGUGCGUCAGAAAGUCAUAUCAAUAGUCGUCAGCCAGACAGGCUACAGAGUCAUCUUGUGAAAACAAACACUUUUCAUGUGAUUAAUUGACAGUUUACAUGAGAGGAAAGGUUUAAAGAAUGCUGUGUUACGGCAUUGUUCUCGUCACCAUCGCGUUGUCAUCAGUGACAGCGCUGGAUUUCGUCAGCGGGCCCGGUAGCGUGAUCAUACCGGCCGGUGGUACAGCUCGGCUGAAAUGUGUCGCAGAUCUACGCACCGUGCGUGGAUCCUUGACACUAUACUGGUACAAGGCACAAGAUGGCGGUGGCUACUACAUCACGGGAGGAUCGGAGGUUUACGCCCGGAAUCUGGGCGCUGAGAGAUACUCUCUUGAGACAAGCAGCGUCAACGGGGAGUAUUCGUACAUCUUGAAGAUCGCCGCGGUUGAAGCCGUUGACUCGGGUCAGUACCGGUGCAUGGGUGUUGAUGCCGGUGGCUCUACUUCUUCACCACGAGGUACCCUGAGUGUCGUACAAGCUGCGACUAGCGAGCCCCUUACCUGUAGUUACUACCCGGAAUCGCCCUCUCUGGGGCAGACCGUGACGUUCGCCUGCACCGCGCCAAGGGGUAUCUCCCCCGAGAUGUUAUCCUGGUGGAUGGCUGGCACGGUCCGCAUCCAGCCAUCGGCAAACCCAUCCACCAACCACGGCAUCUCUUUCGUCAAGACUCUUGACAACAAUGAUAACUUUGCCGAGUUCACCUGCCUGGUGGGAACAUCGUUCGACACCGCGAAUAAUAUGAACUGCAGCGUAAUGCCCCUCGCCGUACCCAUACGGGCUGAAGUCACCCCACAGACCGCCCUCGCACUCCUAGGAGGCAGUGCUACCUUCAGGUGCCGUGGUACAGCUAUCCCGCGUGUGACAAGAUACCGAUGGAUCUGCGGCUCUGGUGUAUCCACCGUCAAGAUUGCUACGAGUAGAGGGAGGUUCACGGUCAUUAACAACGGUGAUUCAUCGACUCUAACCAUCGGGAGAAUAUCAAUGCAGGACAAUGACUUGAGUGUACGCUGUGUCGUCAUGAAUGAAAUAACAAAGAACAUUGGCUCUGCAACCAUACAAGUCACAACGCACAUUCAGACAACGCGGGCAACAACCUCUCUCAUGUCACCAUCCAUCUCACCAGUAGGAACCACGGAGAAACCAACAGAGUCUCUGAACCCAAUUCAACCCAGAGAACCCAUGGACCCCUCCCAACCCACACCAUCAAUCAGGACCACUGGAAAGGUCUUGGGUAGCACCAAUCAGCAGAUCAGCACAACCAAUGACAAUGGCGACGUGAUCAACAUCUUAGGAUGUGGCAAGGACUGUGGUGAAAAGCUUUCUCCUCAGCAAAGCCCAGAUGGCGAGGAGGGAUCAAGCAACAGCGCCCUCGCAGCAGCACUCAGCGUACUCGCCAUCUGCGCACUGGCCACUGGAGUCAUCGUCUACAUAGCUUAUACCAAGAGAGGGCGCACUAGCGGGCGGGUCACCAAGAGAAAGAGGAAAAAUAAGCCCUUAAAACGUCUGAGAUCUCUGCGUCUCUCCGUUAGUAACUCUAAGCCUGAACUCAUCAAUCCCGACUCCGUCAGACUGAAAACCAUCGAGGUGAUUGUCAACUCACCACCUCCAGAGUGGCAACACCGAGUCAGGGACGUGGAAAGCGAAACAAAAGAAGUCCAGGAACAAGACCUCCCCAGGCUGGAGGUGACUCCGGACUGUGAUGCCUUGUAUGCCAAGCCGGACAAGACGAGGAAGAAACGCCACCAUGGCGACGCUGUUGGCGACGACACGCACCCGGUCGCAACAGCGCCUCCUGCCGUCCCCGGUCAGUAUCUUUCGGCAGAUGCCGACGACUGUUUGUCUGACGACGUUUCCGAUGCAUCUACCUGGGAUAUGAGCAGUGUGGACUCCGGCUGCGAAGAGGAGACGGACGAGAUACGCGAAGAUGCCGCCGCCUACACCGAGCUUGACCUGACUAAGGCGGGCGAAAGAGACAAAGAAUGUAUCCCACUAACUGAAACUGUUGAGUAUGAGAAGACUACAGUUACCAAGACUAGCCUUCCUCGCCAUUGAAUUCACACUAUGCUGGAAAUCCUAAAUAAAGUGGUAACAAAAAUACGGAACCUCAUACUUACACUACCUUGAGACUCAAACCACAUGGACCAAUGUAUGGAGAAUCCUUUUAGAAGAAAAUGAAACCAAGAUCGCCCGAUUCGGUGCAGUAGUUUUUGUUCUAGAGCCUAUUUUAUGAAGCAAGAUAGGGCCAUUUUUGUCCCGUUGAAUUUAUAAACCGUGCCCGGGAAUUUGACUUAUAUUAUAACUGAUAGAGGGAUUGUUAUGUAAUAAUACCCACAUGCAAGUGUGCUUCACAAAAUAGGCUCUGCAGCAAAAAGUACUGGAACGAAUCGGGAUAUUAUCGGGGUGAUAUCAUAAUUCUUUUAAAAGGAUUCUUCAUCAAUUGGUUCAGGUGGUUUCGGUCUCAGGGCAGUGGAUGUAUCAGGUUCCGUUUUUUUUUUUUACCAGCCUGUAUAUAUAAUGAACACCACGAACACCAUAAUGGUAACUAAUAAUGAGUAUGUGGAACACCGUAUAAAUCCAGAAUGUAAUAAGCUGUAAAUAAAACUUUAUUUAAUCAAUCGAUUGCCACAAAAUUCUAUAUAUCCGACGAAACGGAGGUAUCAUACGAAAAUCCCCUUUACUAGGAACACUUAUUAUCGAAAAAUGGUUCAAAUAGUUAUGGAAAGCUUUAUCUUACCGUUGUCUUUGUCUUUAAAGUUACAUUUACUUAGAGAUUUUAUAGAUGCUUUAGAGACUUUUAGAAAUGUUUGUUUAUACCCCAUUAAACACAGUUGCUAGUUUUAUGCACAUUAUUAUGUAUACAUAUAUAUUUCCAUGUAAAGUAAAACAAUGGAUUAUCAUAAUUUGAAGGUUACCAGGAAAGACAGGAAACCAGUCAGCGGAGGUGGUCAUGCCAGUUCCUCUGUAUGUUUCCUCUAUACUCAGAUCCAAUCUGUUGUGUUAUCCAGAAAUCCUUGCCCUAAGAGACCAAACUGGACCAAGCGACAAUUUCCUUCUUUUUGGUGGAUAGGGCUUGUCAGAUAAAAUUAUAUCAUCGCAAAUUGAAUGAUUCAUGAAAAAAAAAACUAAAUUUGCAAAACAAUGCUCAAUCGAGAAUCCUUGUGUCGGCCUACAACUUGCUUGAAUUAUUAUGGAUGCGAUCCGCAUGCUAUUUCCGAGUUUCAUCCCUAGAAAUAGAUUCCUUUUCUAAAUUGCUUUUUUUUUUAGCAGUGCAAAAGUUAUCCACUUCUGAACGAGACGUCGACCAAAAAGAAAACUCAAUUACAAUUGUGAAUUAUUGGCUGCCCGACAAUAAUUCCGUUAUUGCGGGGUAGGCUGGUUCCCACCCCACAAUCAGUACCGAUAAUGCACGGACCGGGAGCCAGUCUGCUCGCAGAGCGGAUCUGUUUGUGUCCAAAAAGAAAUUAAAAAAUUCAGACGUUUGCAAAAGUCGAAAAGAAAGUUUUGAUUGGAAUUAAAAGUGUCAGCUGAACAGUUCUUAAUCGAAAAAAAUAACGGAUUCGUUGAAGAGCACGGGGAACACAACUACAAAGUAAAACAAUUCUGAAUGUAGAAAAAUCCUUCUUUUUUUUAGUGAUUAUAUCAGACAAAAUGUAAAUAAAACUUCUAUAAUAGAGAAUAAAGUAUUUGUAUAGUUAUCUAUGCAUAAAAAUCUUA